AUGGCGUCUCUGUCUGCGUCAUUCCCGCUAUGUUUCACAGUGACACAACGAGAGCCAAUUCUAGUUCGUCCGGCCAAGCCAACCCCCCACGAGCUGAAACACCUCUCCGACUUAGACGACCAAGAAGGCCUCCGCUUUCAAAUUCCCAUAAUCUCUUUCUACCACUCCAACCCAUCCGUGCAACCCAAAGACCCCGUCCACAUCAUCCAACAAGCGCUGGCCCAAGCACUCGUCUUCUACUACCCGUUCGCCGGAAGACUUGUCGAAGGACCAAACAGAAAACUGUCCGUCAAUUGCACUGGCGAGGGCGUCCUAUUCACCGAGGCCGACGCCGACGUCGAGCUCCGCCGCCUCGGGGUUGAGACGGGAAGCCCUUACUUGGCGGAGCUUCUCCACGACGUUCCUGGCUCGAGCGGGAUACUCGGAUGCCCACUCCUCUUAAUUCAGGUGACCCGCUUCAGAUGCGGCGGGUUUGUCGUCGCGGUGAGGCUGAACCACACCAUGAGUGACGGUGCUGGGAUCCUCCAGUUUCUGAACGCCGUUGCAGAGUUUGCUCGGGGUGGUGGGCCUGAGGCGAAGAUGUUGCCCACUGUGCCGCCGGUGUGGCAGAGGGAGCUCCUCUCGGCGAGAUCGCCUCCACGUGUCACGUGCUUCCACCAGGAGUACGAGCAACGGGGGAGCGUGACCAUGUCUGGUAACUGUCAGCAGGACAUGAUCCAUGGAUCCUUUUUCUUUGGCCCGAAAGAGAUUAGAGCCAUUCAAAGCCUCCUUUCCGAGAAGUGCACCACGUUUGAGGCUGUCACCGCUUGCUUGUGGAGAACUCGAACUCGGGCCCUCGGGUUUGACCCGGACGAGACCGUUCAGGUCUCGGUUUUCAUCAACCUCCGAGGAAAGUUGCCCAUACCUGAUGGGUACUACGGCAACGCGAUCGUCUAUCCAGCUGUGGUGGCAAGGGCGGCGACGCUGGUGACAGAGCCGCUGGGGUACGCUGUGAGGCUUGUGAAGGCAGCGAAGGCCCAGAUGAGCGAAGAACAAUUCCCGGCAUGGGUUCGACGGGUUGGAUUUCGGGUGGGGAAGCCAGUGUACGGUGGCCCUGCGACGGGCAUGGGGCCGAUCUGUUUUUACGCGCAGUACAAGGACGGUGGCGGAGUAGACGGGCGUGUUGUAAUGCUCUGCUUGCCGAGGCCAGCGAUGGCGAGGUUCAAGAGGGAGUUGAAUGAAAUAACGAGGGGGGAAGAACAUGCCAGAAAUUUGGUUAUCACAAGCUCA